AUGGGUGUUCUGACUCAAAUGUGGCCACCCAAACCGGCCUUCACAGAGCAUAAUUUGGGCAACUUAUCGGACAAGGUCUAUAUCGUUACUGGAUCCAACACUGGCGUUGGCAAAGAGCUCGCGCAAAUCCUCUACUCCAAGAACGCGUCGGUCUACAUCGCAGCCCGCAGCCAAGCAAAAGCAACAGAAGCCAUCGACGCUGUUCGAACCGACUGUCCCUCUUCGACUGGACGCCUCGAAUUCCUCGCCCUCGAUCUAUCCGACUUGGAAGCUGUUGCAAAAUCAGCCAAAGAUUUUCUUAAAAGAGAGUCCAAAUUGGAUGUCCUCUUCAAUAAUGCUGGUGUGAUGCAUCCACCACAAGGAUCAAAGACAAAGCAGGGAUAUGAACUCCAGUUAGGUGUGAAUAACCUCGGCCACUUGCUCUUUACUGAGCUGUUGACGCCAUUGUUGGCCAACACAGCCAGAAGUUAUCUUCCAUUUUCGACAAACGCCACAAGAGUCGUCUGGGUGAGCUCACUAUACUCAGAAAUGGGAUCGCCCAAGGGAGGAUUCGAUCCGGACAACAUGAACUAUGAGAAAAAAGACGAGGGCACCUUCUAUAAGUACUCGGUUAGCAAAGCUGGCGUAUACUAUCAGGGAACAGAAUACGCAAAGAGAAACAAAGACAAAGGAAUUAUCAGCGUAACUGUCAAUCCAGGAAACCUCAGAUCCGAUCUCCAACGGCAUCAUGGAGACGGACUGCUGAAGAAAAUCAACAAGAAGGUACUUUUAUUUCCUCCAAUCAACGGAGCGUAUUCGGAGCUUUUUUGUGGCCUUUCUCCAGAAGUGACAACAGAGAAGUCUGGAAGUUAUGUGAUUCCAUGGGGACGAAUUGCCAAGAUCCGAGAAGACAUCGAAAAUGGUUCUCGAAGCAUACAAGAAGGGGGAACUGGUAUGGCUGAGAAGUGGUACGACUGGUGUUUUGAGCGCAUCAAGCCGUUUAUGACUUGA